UCUAGUGCGUUGGUUUUUUUCGAUAGUGGCGAAGGUGGGCGUGACUCUUCGGACGGGUGUUGCUGGGAAAGAGAGAGAGAGAGAAAUGGCAAGGUUAAUUGUCGUGUUAACAUUUAUUAUAAUUACUCCGACCUACUCUGAACAAAACUGCAACAUUCCUCUUGUUAUCCGCGGUUCGUGGUUUUCCUGGGAAAAUGGAAGAAUUACGACGACUGAGAUAAAUGCGGAUUCCAUGUCAAGGAAAGGGUACUGUAUUGACAUGAAAGAAGAAUAUCAUGUUAAUUAUACAUUUAUUUUUAAGCAGGAGGGCUCAAGCUGCUAUACAUGCGUGAAAUUAUUGGUCAGGACAGUUAACGUUUUGGAAAAGAUGGAAACUGCGUGUGUUUCUGUACCUCCCGAAAGAGAGGCAACUGUGGAGAAUGUCUGCAAAGGUUUGAAGCCCGACCAACAACUGAUAACACUUUUCGAUGAAAAUUAUGUACCAGUUAAUUGCCGUUCAAGUUUAGAAGGCGUUUGGCAGUUUGGUUAUCAGAAUCGAUUUCGCUUUACAGGAGAAUGUAACCACCCAGACGCUAUGGUCCGUUCCUGUCAGACUGCUGGUACACAGUUUCUGAUCACAAAUCAGAAAUUUAACAUAACAUACAAGAAAUGUGCCGGAAUGAGUGAAACGUUUGAUGGUGUUGUAGAAUAUAGUUGCCUCGGAGACUGGUUUGUGGGUAAAAAUCACUUUUUUGCCGUUGCCAAUACAAAAGAGUCGAGGAAAGACGAAAAAUAUCGAUGUUUUUUGAAAAAUAGGGAUGAUGACCUGUAUAUUGGUGUUUCAAUUACAGCAGAAUGCAACACACUCAAAACAGUGGAGCAGAGUCCGGAGAGAUUACAUCUCACACCGGUGAAAUCUGAAGCUGUGGUUCCUGGUUGUACACUUCCACAAAAUUUCUCAGGUGAAUGGAUAAACACAGCAAACAUAGAUGCUGAUAUUUUCAUAAAUGAAACACACAUUAUGGAAACAUGGUAUCCAGAUGAGGGACGUUUCCGGCGAACCAUAUACGUUUGCCACCAACACAGAGGAACUCGUUACAUGAUGGCUAGACUCACUGUUGAUGGUUGUCAGAAAGAUUAUGUAUGUUUCGACUUUGUGCCCCGACAUCAUAAUAUAAUAAGAUAUAGGCGCGGUAUAGCUUUUAUCACAGAUGAUUUUCGUACUGUAUGUUCAUGGGUGCAAUUCAAAAAUCAAGAAGCAUGGAAGUACGAUUUAUAUUUGGCAAAGAAUCCUGCCCCUGUUCAGUGUCCUGUUGCAGGUAAAUUUAACUUCACACAGCGAGGAGAUAUACCAUUUGAAACCCGCAUUCUUGGAGGUGUGACAUUGUCACCAAGGCCAAAUAUCUACUGCAAGCAGAAUAUAUCAGAUUUUUCGGUUUGUGACCCAGACCAGAAAGAAAUUGCAAUUGAUGAAACAUAUUGCCUUAGUGUAGACCACCGUGGUCGACCUGUUGACAUAUAUAGUGAUCCUGAUUACCGACUGCAAUGUAUUGGAUUUUGGAAGGAGAAUCUGAAGUCUUAUUUAAUAACAUAUGAUGAACUUGAUGCAUUUAGCAAAUAUCGUUGCUGGGUAUAUCAAAGAGCUGAUCUUAACAGGGUACUGAUGUCUCAGGCUCUUGGCCCAUUCUGUGAUCUCAAGCAAGAUGUUACCAGCUGGAAUUACACAGAAGGAGCUGCUGUCGCCAUUGAUAUGGUAGAGUAUGAAAGAGAACGUGACCAGUGUCCAAUGCAUUUUGAUGAUGGUAGUAAUCCAUGGUUAAAUAAAGAAAAUCUCAUUAUAGUUUUCACAUUUGGUAGUGGAUGUACUCUAGGAAAUAGCCUUUUUCUUGUUUGGUUUUUAGUUAUGUUUGUUUACAGUCUGUAGUUGUCUUUUACGACUGUUAAAAAUGGGUCUGUAUUUUUUGCUUCUAAACAUUUCUCACUGGGGAAUGAUGUUUAGUGAUGGUGCACUGCUGUGUAGUGUGACAGUUUGUACGUUACAUAGCUAUAUUUUGGUAGUAUGAUGGGAUAAGGGAUGUCUCCACAUCAGAGUAGCACAGUACUCUGUGCAGACUAUCUCAGGUUUUUUACAAGAUUUUUAAUAUAGCUAGUACUGAACAUAUUUACAUUGUUAAGAAAAUGUACCUACUUUUAAUUGGGUUAUUAGUUCAAUAUUUGUGAAAAUUAUAGAGAGAGAGAGAGAGAGAGAGAGAGAGUGUGUGUGUGUG